AUGGCUAACUUCACGGCUCCUGCCAGCAUGUCAGAAAGCGGAGAAUCUGGUGCUGGGAAGACUGUGACCACCAAGUGUGUCAUCCCGUACUUUGCAACAAUUGCAGUUGCUGGGGAGGAGAAGAAGAAUGACCAGCAGCCCAGCAAAAUGCAGGCCCGCAUGGAGGAGCUGGAGGAGGAGACAGAGGCUGAACGUGCCUCUCGAGCGAAAGCAGAGAAGCAGCGGGCUGAUCUCUCCAGGGAACUCGAGGAGAUCAGUGAGCGUCUGGAAGAAGCUGGUAGAGCCACAGCGGUUCAGAUUGAGAUGAACAAGAAGUGUGAGGCAGAAUUCCAGAAAAUGCGCCGAGACCUUGAGGAGGCCACUCUGCAGCACGAAGCUACAGCCACCGCCCUCCGGAAGAAGCACGCGGACAGCACGGCAGAGCUUGGGGAGCAAAUCGACAACCUGCAACGAGUCAAGCAGAAGCUGGAGAAGGAGAAGAGUGAACUGAAGAUGGAGACUGACGACCUGGCUAGUAACGUGGAGACUGUCUCCAAAGCCAAGGUUUGGGGAUUUGGGGAUCAGGGCCAGGCAGGGUUUGAGGAAGGGGAUGGACCGGGUUUGAGGUUUCUAUGGCCACUCCAUCAUGGCUAUGCUAAGGUGGUGGUGGCAGGCCUCACAGAGGCCUCUGCUUGGGUGGGUAGGGGCUGA